UUAGUUGUGACGUUGUGUUUUUCGACGUAUGCCGACUUGAAAAGUGUCUCUUAACGAGUGCGAACAAUGAUUUUUUUUUUUUUUUUUAGGACAACGUUCAGUCGGUAGCGCUAAAAGUAAACAUUCCAGCAGAGUAAUAUCUCCAGAUUUAUGAAUGGGGUUUGGCUGAGGGCUCGGUAAAUACCGUUUAGUUUUGAACGUCGACUUGUUAACGAUAGUCGGUUAAUACGUCAGCAUGGCAUUUCCUGUUUCUGUCAUUAUCGUCAGUAGCUGCACAAAGAAAGCUCAUUACAGGAGAGAGGUGUAAACUCUGCUGCUGCUGCAAUGAAACCAACCACAAACAUGUUGAGACUGUUCACGUCGUUUGCCAGAAAUACUACUGGAUAACUAGCUGAGGUUAAGGGAUACAUUAGAUGCAUAAAAUGCAUAGAUGCAUUAAGAUAUAUUGGAUACAUAAAUACCUAGAUACAUUCUCUGUUUAGCACUUGCUGGUGGGUCGUAACGUAAUUUAUUUAAUGUGAUCAAAGUAAAGCCCACUGCAGUCCGACUCAUGCUAUUCUAAUCUAAUUGGAUGUAACCUACAACCAUAACAAAGCCACACAACCUUACAGUUCGCCAUGUUGCCAUUCACAAGACAAGAGUACAAGCACAUGCAGGGAUUAAGCAUUUCAGGCUAUCACGGAGGGAAUACAAUCGGUGGUGUCUUGCAGUCAGAGAGCCAAGUGGCACAUUGUCUGUGCUGUUUGCAUAUAGAGGCAAUGACAUAGCACAGAUGGGCAGGUCAGGCAUUCAGCCACAGAGAAAGAAGAGUGUCAGAUGGCGUGGCAGGCAAAUACCAAGAGGCACGUCUGUGAUGACAGAGCUGUGUGUGAGUUUGUUCUGGUGUUGGUGUGACUAGUUCAGCCUGAUUAUUCCUAAGGGCAUCAAUGGAGGAGAUGCUCUAUAUGCAGUGAGAGGCUUGUACGCGGCCUAUUUGAGGUCACACCACAGGUCUAAUUUAAAUCGGCCUUAUCUUUACAGCGAUGUUUAAAAGCAAAGACAAAGUGUAACUAAGUCUGUUUCGGACGCUUGUGGUCCAGCUUUGACUAGAUGUAGUUAUCGUUCUAUGAAUAUAGAUGAGCUCUUCAGUUUGCUCUCUUGCAGUGAAUGAAUUAUUGACAUUUCAAUGCUGUGUGUAUUGAAAUAGGUUGCAAGUUGUAUUUAGACAUCAUGCCUUCACAUAUCAGUUUAAGCCAAAGACUCGCGGUUGAAAUUCGAUUUUUGAAAUCCCAAAAUGAGAUCUAUUUAGUGUUGUGUUGUAGAGAUUCUCAUAUGAAUAAUUUCAUCAAGUUAUUAUGUGACCCUUCACCAAAGUACUGAUAUUUCCACUCUUCUUUUAUCGCCAUGAAUAUAUUCUCCGGUGAUAUGUGGCUCUUGUUCCACCGGCAGAUACUUGUUCCAUUAAAUACACAUUUUGAUUAAUACCCCACGACAUACGGCGAGCUUUGUCCACGGCUACGCCCGCUAUUCUUGCCUCACACGAAGCUGAUAAUUAGCCACAACGAGUCCUACUAGUUCAGCUGCCAGACAAGUAACAUUCAUCGCAACAGCUGCCUAUGAGUGAUUAUCUUCUGGGAUAACAUUGCAUCAUAAGCAGUUCAACACAAUACCUGGUGAUGAAAAUGUGGCAUCCGUCAGUGUAACACGAGUGUUUUUCAUCUUAAACUUGCCUUAUACGUUUUAUUGGGAUAUUCUGUUAACUCUCCAUCUGUGAGACAUUCGUCAGCGACACUGGCUUGGAGCUGCGGACACAGAUGUCGGAGAGAGUGGAGCUUGUUCCACAUUUGACAAUGUAAUCUGAACGACUGCAAUUACCGCAGAGAAGCUAGACUAGAACUGCUCUUUUUUUUUUUUGUGGAUAGUACCGGGCACCUGCUAUAUGAGCACGUGCUUGUGGUAUUUCUAGCCCUGUAUGUGACAGUACACACUGUUGUCCAGACGCAUCAUCUUCAAUGCAAAAAGCCAGGAAUUGUGACUUGCAUGUCUUGUCACUAUUUGUGUAGUGUCUUUGUUUAAGCAUAACCCUUCACAUGAGAGAUGAGGUCAUGUUUGCACAUUGUUUCAGACUGAAUGUUUGACAACUCUGCUGUGUGUGUGUGUGUGUGUGUGUGUGUGUGUGUGUGUGUGUGUGUUGCAAUGAGACCAGUGCGAGGAGUGGAGGAUGCUUCAUCUUAAGCGCUCACAUUAACUGUUGACUGCUCCUAUAAACACACAGGAAGUGACAGCUCGUUGAUGCUGUACAGUUUCUCUACUGUAGGUCUGUAGUACAGUUGUGACGUGCUAACAGUUUAAAAGAUGUUCACUCACUGAAGCCUUUAACUCACACGCUUGUCAUACACCGGGUUUUUCAGGGGUUUUUAGUGUGUAGGGGGAACCCACAGUAUCACACACUGAAAACCCUCUGGACUGAAAACAACUGGCUGAAGACUUUUUUUGGCUUGUGAGCCAUUAAAUCUAAAAGAACAAUCUAGUUGUGAUCCGUUAUUAUUUGUGACCUAUUUCUAUACCAAUGAAUGAUUGUCCCCUCUCACAUUUUAAUAUUUGUAACACAUCCCUAAGAGGUAAAAUUAUCCAGUACUUAACAAGAAAGGUUUAUUAGAUUAAGAAUUAAAUAAAUAAAAAUUGACCUUGUAUUAAAUGUACUUUGAAUCUGUUCUCCAGAUUCAAAGUACAUUUGUGUUUUAUGUCUGCUGUCAUUUGAGAAGCACAUCCAAGUGUUUCCAUUGUUCCUGCAGUAACUCAGUGAGACAGAUUGAUGUGUCAAAGGUCAUUGCUGUGUACUUCUACUCAUUUUUAUGUUAUCUGGUUCUUGUCUCUCUGGUUUCCGUUCCUGCCUCGUGGACCCGCCUUUGAUGGCUGCCUUCCCUCAUUGCGUUUGUCUUCUCACCAACCUGUCUGCCCGUCUCCAGCUCAACAGAAGAGCCUGGAGGGCUACGUGGGCUUUGCAAAUCUCCCAAACCAAGUGUACAGAAAAUCUGUGAAGAGAGGUUUCGAGUUCACGCUCAUGGUUGUCGGGGAAUCUGGGCUGGGGAAGUCGACGCUGAUCAACUCACUCUUUCUGACAGACCUGUACUCCACUGAAUACCCGGGUCCUUCAAAUAGAAUUAAAAAGACUGUACAGGUGGAGCAGUCUAAGGUUCUGGUGAAGGAAGGAGGGGUGCAGCUCCUGCUCACCAUCGUUGACACCCCCGGCUUUGGUGAUGCAGUUGACAACAGUAACUGCUGGCAGCCAGUCAUCGAUUACAUCGACAGUAAGUUUGAGGAUUACCUCAACGCAGAGUCCCGGGUCAACAGACGGCUGAUGCCGGACAGCAGAGUGCAGUGCUGCCUGUAUUUCAUCGCUCCGUCUGGACACGGGCUGAAGCCCCUCGAUAUUGAAUUCAUGAAACGGUUACAUGAAAAGGUGAACAUCAUUCCCCUCAUCGCCAAAGCCGACACAAUGACCCCGGAGGAGUGUCAACAGUUCAAGAAGCAGAUCAUGAAAGAAAUCCAGGAGCACAAAAUCAAAAUCUACGACUUCCCAGAGACGGAUGAUGAGGAGGAGAUGAAGAUGGUCCGGAGAAUCAAGGAUCGUUUACCCUUGGCUGUAGUCGGUAGUAACACCAUCAUCGAGGUCAACGGAAAGCGAGUGCGCGGGAGGCAGUACCCCUGGGGUGUGGCUGAAGUGGAAAACGGAGAGCACUGUGAUUUUACAAUCCUGCGGAACAUGCUCAUCAGGACCCACAUGCAGGACCUGAAGGACGUGACGAACAACGUUCACUACGAGAACUACCGCAGCAGGAAACUCGCUGCGGUCACCUACAACGGAGUGGACAACAAUAAGAACAAGGGACAGCUCACCAAACCCGAGACGACUGACGGCAUGAGUCCUCUAGCCCAGAUGGAGGAGGAGCGACGGGACCACGUGUCCAAGAUGAAGAAGAUGGAACAAGAAAUGGAACAAGUGUUUGAGAUGAAGGUCAAGGAGAAGCUGCAGAAGCUCAGAGACUCUGAGGCUGAGCUCCAGCGGCGUCAUGAGCAAAUGAAAAAGAACCUGGAGGCCCAGCACAAGGAACUGGAGGAGAGACGUCGGCAGCACGAGGAGGAGAAGGGAAGCUGGGAGGCCCAGCAGAGGAUUCUGGAGCAGCACAAACUAGACCUCUCCAGGACCUUGGAAAAGAACAAAAAGAAGAAGAUAUUUUAAUAACUCUGGAGGACCUUCCUGAUUCGACAGCAUAUUUUUUUGUUUUGCCAACCUGCCAGUCUUGAUUGUCAGAGCAUCUGUCGAUCAACUACAUCCGCUGUUUGACCAUAUUACUGUGUAAUACUCGUAUGAAAGCCAGGGGGCAGUAUGAGUUCCAACAGUCGUUCUCUGCUCGUCCUCAUGUUCCUCCUUAAAGAACUGUAAUAAUCUCUAUAUAGAACCAGUGUGCAGUCCUGUUUUUGGGGUCGCUGCUCACAAAAACUAGUAUAUAUUCACACAGAAAACACAGCCGGUGUUCUUACUUAAUGACAAACAAGACGACGUCUUCCUUUCCUCCUUUCUUUCUUCUACUUUGGGAAUGUUUGAUGCUGCUCUGUGCUGCAUCCUUUUUAAUGCCAAAAACCAAACGAAGAAGUCGGGCUUUCACUUUCUGCACAUUGGCAGACGGCGUCAGGCUGAGGCUCACCUCAGGCACUGUUUUUUUAUACGUGUAUAUCUUUCGGUUCACAUAUUUAGGUAUCGCAUUUAAUUUCUUCCCAAGUGGUAUGCUCUUCCAUCUCCUGUAAUGUAAAUUGUAUAACCAAGAACAUCAGUGUUCAACGUCAACCGUGUGUAUCAUGUUCUUGCUUUUUGCUCAUUUUGUUUUUUUUGUUUUGGUUUUUUUUCCAUUUUGUAUUUGCCUGGUGAUAGAACUUAUGUUCAUUUUGUUUCCGGUGUUUUCCAGCCUCGCUUUUGGAAACCAAACAUGUAUUCCUGACUUCACUCAUGCUGAGUGUAACAACUUCUAGAAACUGCUCUCGGAGUGCUUUAACGUGAAUUUAUUUGAACUUCUUGUGCAGAUUCUAUUUUUUUUUUUUUUUUUUUUUUUUUUUUUUUUUUAUAAAUGAUUUCCAACAGCGGGAUGUGCAAAGCUUGUGCACAUUUGGCACCGUUUGUGUACUGCAUCUGUGUUUUGUAAUGUCUUGUUUUUAUUGUAAAAAGUCACAUAAUAAAAUUGUGAUGGGGAAAAAUAA